AUGAAGUGGUUCCUAUCCGUGGUUAUUCUGAUCCUCAGCGGAAUCGAUGUUUCUGCGGCGACAUCGGCGCAGCCCGCCCCCUCACUUCCAAAAGAGAAGGGGGAGAUUAGGUGGAUCGACGUCCCUCGUGCUUUCGACGACACAAAGCCGCCAACCGAAGAGUUUGCCACCAAUGGUGACGAAGCAAACAUGUAUCCAACUCCGUUGUCUCCAAAAGAGAAAGGGAGAAUUAAACAUUUCCCCGUUAUUCCCGCUUUCGACGACACACAGCCACCAUCGGAUAAGAUAACUACCGAUGGUGACGAAGUUAAAGCUAACGGCAAUCCAACACCGUCGGCGCCUAAGGAGAAACCGAGGUUUAUGCCUUCCGAAGUCCGUCCGGCUUUUGACGACACGAAGCCACCGACGCAUAAGCCCAUCGGUGCUGGCAAGAAGAAUAAAGAAGCGUCCUGGGAUACCCGGAGGACUACACGCAACAUCCGCAGCAAUAAAUUUUGGACCAACGACCAAGAAUGGGUUGGAAUGGCCUCACUUUAA